CCGAUUGUAUCUUGAUGACGUGACGCAUCUGAAUUGAUGUCCGAAUUUUCCCAUAUCUAGAUACAACGUGACUCUGUCCAAUAUCUCUCUCUUCCUGUCUUCCUGUCCCUCUAUAAAUUCUCCUUCCUACCUUCCAAAAAAAAGGAAUCUAGAAGAGAUUCUCUUUAAGAUGGUGAUUUCUUCUCCUCAUUCUACUAACACUAAGAUUUUCAAAGCCAGUGGUCGCCGCCGUCGACGGAAAAGCUCCGGCGACCUCCCAUCGGCUAGCCGCAGCGCCAAAAGGAGCUCCAUUUACAGAGGAGUAACCAGGCAUAAAUUGACUGGGAGGUAUGAAGCUCAUAUCUGGGACAAGAACUACUUGAAUAAAUCCCAAAACAAGAAAGGAAGACAAGUGUACUUAGGAGCUUACGACACUGAAGAGAGUGCAGCUCGAAACUACGACCUUGCUGCUCUGAAGUACUGGGGAAUUGAUACAACCCUUAAUUUUCCUGUGGCGAAUUACGACGAUGACUACAAGGAAAUGCAGGCGAUGUCGAAGGAGGACUAUUUAGCUUCGUUGCGCCGCCGGAGCAGUGGAUUCUCCCGCGGAGCCUCCAAGUAUCGCGGAGUAGCAAGGCAUCUAAUUUUUCUUUUUUAAAAGCCCUAUUUAUUCAAAUAUUCACUUUUUCUAUUUCUCUUAUAUAUAU